ACCAGUUGGCUAACGGUCACAACCUGGUCAUCAGAGUCACAGAUGGUCACCUCCGUUUGAUGGAUGAAAAAUUGUACAACGUUCAAGAAUGCCGCCAUGUUUGUCAAAUUUAAAAUGAAGCCUGAUCUCGUAAAUAUUUUGAUUUUUUCUUUACAAAUUUUUCUAAAAGUAUCUUUUGCAGAAGAAGAAACAAAUGAAUCGAAUGCUAGGUAUUACAUCCAGGGGAAAGUUGUGAUUCAUGGGGACAAAAUGCCAGAUUGGACUAGUCAAACAAGAAUUUUAGUUAAUGGUGGUGAAUAUAUUGGUUUUUUAAAGUCUGAUGGUUCAUUUAUUGUUAAUGAUGUACCAUCAGGUUCUUAUAUAGUUCAAGUUGCUUCACCUAAUCACCUGUUUGAACCAGUUCGUGUUGAUAUUAAUGCUGAACGUGCAAAAAUAAGAGCCAGAAAAGUAAACUUUUUGCAAAACUCAGCUGUUGUGAGCCAGCCGUAUCCAUUAAAAUUUAAAGUUAAGGAGCAAGCAAAGUUCUUUGAGAAGCGAGAAUCAUGGCAAAUUAAAGAUUUUUUGUUCAAUCCAAUGGUGUUGAUGAUGGUGUUGCCAUUACUGUUGCUUCUUGUUUUACCAAGAAUGAUGGGACAAAUAGACCCAGAGACUCAAAAGGAAAUGAACUCCAUGAACAUGUUUAAUCAAUCUCAAGAAAUGCCAGAAUUUUCUGAUAUGCUUACCAACUGGUUCUCAUCUGGUCAAAAGAAAAAACCUGUUAAAACUGUCAGUAAGAAAACUCAGUAUGCACGUCGACGUUGACCAAAAGCCGUAUUAGAACUGAACUGCUUGCUUAUGUAGACCUUAACAUAAAGUUGUGGAUCUAGUAGAAUUUUCUCUGAUGUAACUUGUAAACUCGCUCUUUGUGAGCAGAAUUAAACUUAGUGUAAUUUCGUUUUUGUGAGCAGACUAGAACUUAGUGUAAUUUCGUUCUUUAUGAGCAAUAUCAAACUUAGUGUAAUUUCGUUCUUUUUGAAAAGCAUUAAACUUAGUGUAAUUUCGUUUUUUGUGAGCACCCUAGAACUUAGUGUAAUUUCGUUCUUUAUGAGCAAUAUCAAACUUAGUGUAAUUUCGUUCUUUGUUAGCAGAAUUAAACUUAGUGUAAUUUCUUUCUUUGUUAGCAGAAUUAAACUUAGUGUAAAAUA